AUGACUGUUGGUGGUCCGACGUUGACUCUCUCGAAUGGGGUUACAAUGCCGUUCUUCGGUUUAGGCACCUGGCAAUCAAAACCUGAAGAGGUGAAAGCGGCCGUGAAAGCCGCUGUGCAUGCUGGUUAUCGUCUCAUUGACACUGCUGCCGUCUACCAAAAUGAGGAUGCGAUUGGAGAGGCUGUUGAGGAGUUGAUCAAGGAGGGUGUCGUCACUCGCGAUGAUCUCUUCAUCACCACAAAGCUCUGGAUGACCCAUUUGCAUCCGGAUCACGUCGAAGAGGCUUGCCGGGAUUCGUUGAAGAAAUUGAAAUUGGACAAAGUCGACCUCUAUCUCUCCCAUAUGCCGACAGCUUUCAAUACCGAUGGAUCGAAGCAGGAUCACUCGGUGACUGUCGAGGAUAACUGGAAGGUCUUGGAAAAGGUCUACAAAGCGGGUUUGGCUCGAGCAAUUGGCGUCUCGAAUUACAGCGUUGAACAAGUUGAACGAAUCAUGAAAGUGGCUGAGGUGCCGAUUCACAAUCAACAGGUUGAACUCCAUCUGUACUUCCCGCAACUCGAGAUGGAGAAGGUUUGCCGUAAACACAACAUCACAUUGACGUCAUUCUCGACUCUCGGAUCACCCGGUCGUUUCAAUUUCACUCUUCCCAAUGGAGUGAGACCAGCUUGGGCACCGGCACCCGCUGAUAUGGAUGACGCUUUUGUGCAUGAGUUGGCCAAAAAAUACCACAAAAGCUCGGCACAGAUUCUUCUCCGAUACGUAAUCGAUCGAAAUAUUGCCGUCAUUCCAAAAUCGGUCACUGAUUCGCGAAUCAAGGAGAAUUUCGAUGUGUUUGACUUCAAAUUGACCGCUCAAGAGUUGGAGAGACUCAACAACUCGCCACACCACGUUCGACUUUUCCCACAAGAUUUCAUGAUCGGCCACCCGGAGGACGCUUUCGCCUCGGAGCGU